CCCCAGUCGACUUCUCAACCCGCGAAGAACCCUCUUCCACUCCCUUGUGCCUUCUGACCUACCUUGCCUGCCUGCGAGCAACUCGCCCGCCAGCCAGCCAGCAAGGCGGGCACGGCGCCCAGAUCCCGCCAGUGGUUGGCUCGGUGCUCGGCCCAGCAUACUUGUGCUUCCGCGACCAGGUGGAAACAGGCUACCCAUCUAGGUGCCUAGGUAGGUACCUACGACUCUUCGAUGCUGGGCCGACAUUUGGUAUUUCACCCCCUUGGCGAGCUGGUCCUCCCGACCAGACACGCAUCGGAAGAUUGCCAUGAUAGUGCCGGACAAGAGAGGGGAGGGGGGUUGGGGUCGAAAUGAAAGACGGAGAGAGGAAUGAAGGGGGGGGGGCAAGAAGCAAAAAAACACAUGACACCAAAACGGAACCAAGAAGCAAAACUCGCGCUCAACAGGAACAGACUGGCCAAUGCUCGGUACAGCCCAGUCAUGACAGCCCUCGGUCCUGCACAGGCAGGCAUGGCGGAAGACAAGGCAGGCAAACUCGACCAUCACUCGUCUGACCCAGCAUAAUUGGCUUUUGGUGGGGUUGUAUUCGCCUGGGCCAACCUGCGCAGGCUGCGUCACAAAACAACGGAUACUCCGUCGUCUCAUUCUCCGACACCUGGCGUACAGUUUAUGGCAGAUCUGACUGUGUCUCCUUCAGCUCCCCGCAGGACGACUUGAUUUUGUCCAAUCUCCAUCCCUUUGCACCCUUUGCUGGACGGCAGACCCGCCCCCCAAGGAGCACGCCCAUGCGCAGCGUUGGCAGGCAACCCGACGCGACGCCGGCCACAUUUGUCCGCAUGUUACGAAUCUUCCUCCAGCGCUCACCUGAUGAGUGCCGCCCAGAGGCCCGGCCAGUUCAUCUUGGGAGAGCCCUAUUCCGGCUCGCGGCUUUGAAAACGGUUGGCCCCCACACACUGACGCAACUUCAUCCUCCGCACCGGAGACCUUUUCCCUUCACGGUGCUGAGAAGAGCCGGCCCGCGAACAAGAUGCGCGAAUGCACGCCACAUUCCAGUACCGUUAGCAACGGAGCAUGAUGUCGACCGCUUCGUUUUUUUGUUUUUUUUUGUCGUCAUCUCAUCUGCCGUUGCGGUACCCAACAGAGAUCUGCCACUGUGAGCCGGCACCCAUGAAUCCUGCAAACGAACCUGCAUUUUAGUCUUAAGCGUAUGGCAGGCCCAAGCAUGACCAAGAAGACCGGUUGCUGCGACCAUGCUUUCUCCCUCUUGCUUGGGAAGCCAGCCGGUCAAGCCUCGUCCAAGCAGUCCCGUCUCGGUGGUGCGUGGGCUGGCGGGCCAAUGAACCCCGGCCGGCGCUGGGCGGCCCAGAUUUCUCUGGGGGCGGAGGCGUCGUGGCACUGCGCCCACCAUAGCUCUAGCCGAAGCCGGCCGAGACCUCUCGCGGGACCGCCGUACCAGGACGACCUCUGCGACGCCGAAAUGCUCUCGACGAACUUUGGACGUCGCGCGGCCCCCCCCCCCGUCCCCCACAAAUUGCACGAUGGCCACCACUCUUCUAGGGUGGUCAUCAUCUGCGCCUGCCGUAAAUACAGGUUGCUUGCUGUGCUCAGUCUCCGCGCAGGCUCCUUGAUCCAUGAUCACCCAACGGACCUUACACAACCAAGCUGGCAGCUGGCAGGGCAGGUGUCCCGCGGUAAAACGCUUAAUCGCUGGUUUCACAAAUUCAACCUUGCUCCAUCGGUCGACCCAUGAUGCAUGGAGGGAAAUGGAGCAACGGCUGUCGAGAACUCUCAAGACAAGGCAAGGCACCCAGCGGCGCGCUACGUUGACAACCAGCACAAGACGAUUACGAUUGGUGGCCCGAGGCUCGAUUUUCGAGACCGGCGCACAGCCUCCAGGGUUUCACUCCCGGCGACAGUAUGCUCGUGGCUGCAUCAAUUAGCCGACUGGUCAACACGCGCUGCGCACCGCAUCUCACCACACUGCGCGGCCACUCUCGCAAGUCACCCCAGGCAGGACUGAAAACAUGUCAUGAGGAAGAAGCAGUUAGCCACAUACAUUAUUACCGUUGCAGCACCACAUCUUCAAGAACCACAUCAUACAGAGUCCUUACGACUUAGUUUCCCUCUGAACUUAUCAUGUUAUCCGAUGUUAUCUAAUCAGAGGUUAAGAGGUUAUCUUGACACAAGUCAAGAUGUCAUUCUAUAGGAGGUUGUCCUUGAUGAGGUUAAGAGCAUGUUUUGGUAAAACUGAAGAGGUUGUCCGGUGGGAGGCUGGCCUCUGCGAAACCUCCCGUUGCCCUAUGAGACAUGGUCGUAGAGUCCUGCAUGUACCCUUGAGGUACACUAGAUUGAUGCUGUGGCCGACCCGAGAAAAGAUCAUGCAUGGUGGUUGACGAGACGUCCACGGGCAUUGUCGUUUGGUUCUGGUCCACAAGGGGAACAUCCGUCGGCGGCGCCGGGCAGAGCCGAUGGCGGGCCGCCGUCAACGGUGUGGAAACCCUCGAUUGCACCGAGCCAUUUCCCGAACUGGAAGGUGUCUUGCCCCGCGUUCGCCAGAUCGUGCCCGUCACGAUGCCUGUGCCGCGCUCGCAAUCCUUGGAAACCUGGGACACACACGCACAAACACAAAUCAUCAGAUCCGACCAUGGACGUGCAGAAAGUUCGAGCCAACUUCCCAGCCCUGAGCCAGGACCAGGUGUUCUUCGAUAAUGCCGGUGGUAGCCAAGUGCUUGGAACUGUCGUUGAGUCCAUACGUGACUACCUGGUCAACUCCAACGUGCAGCUCGGCGCCACGUAUGAUGUUGGCAAGAAGGCUACUUCGAGAUAUGAAGACGGCUACCAGGCAGCGGCCAGGUACAUCAACGCCUCGCGCGAAGAGAUAGUCCUGGGCGCCUCAACGACCCAGCUCUUCCGCAACUUUGCCUCCGCGCUGGCCUUCCAGCCGGGCGAUGAAAUCAUCGUCUCAGCCAUCGAUCACGAGGCAAACAUCGCGCCCUGGGUCGACCUCGCAAAGCGCCAGGACCUGGUCUUGAAGUGGUGGAAGCCCACCGCCCCUUCGUCCUCACCCAAGCUCCUUGCCUCGGACUUGGUGCCCCUUCUGUCGUCGCGCACGCGGCUCGUGACGUGCACGCACGCAAGCAACAUUCUAGGCACGAUUCAUGAUAUCAAGGCCAUCAGCGCUGCUGCCCACGCGGCCAGCCCUUCGGCGCUGGUGUGCGUCGAUGCGGUUGCAUACGCGCCACACCGGCGGGUCGACGUCCGUGCUCUCGGGGUCGACGUCUACGCGUUCAGUUGGUACAAGGUGUACGGCCCGCAUGUCGCCAUCAUGUUCGCGGCGUCCGGCUCUGCCCAGGCGCAGAUGCACAGUCUCGGCCACUUCUUCAACCCGCACGCCACGCUCGAGAACAAGCUCGGGCUGGCUGGCGCCAGCUACGAGCUCGUCGGGGCCAUCGGGGCCGUAACAGCGUAUGUUGGGUCACUGGGUUGGGAGGCCAUCCUCGCGCAGGAGGCAGAGCUACAGGGUAGGCUACUGCGGUACCUCAACGGGAGACCAGGCGUCACAGUGCACGGCGAGACGAGCGACGAUGCAUCGGUCAGGGUACCGACGAUUAGCUUCACUGUCAAGGGUUGGGACUCGAAGGAGCUGGUCGAGUCGGUGGAAAAAGAGACAAGAUUUGGCUUCAGAUGGGGUGCUUUCUACUCAAAUAGGCUCGUGAACGAGAUCAUGGGUCUUGGAAAAGAUGGCGUUGUGAGGGUGAGUAUGGUACAUUAUAACACUCUCGAUGAGGUGAACGCGUUCACUGCUGCUUUGGAUAGGACGUUGUCGGGGAGGUAGAGAAACCCUGAGCCGAUACGUGCGAGGCACUAUGCCCUCAGGUGGUUGUGUUCUACGAGGUCUACUUUUGGGAGACCAUCUUUUAAGAUGUUUCAUUGUAUGAGGUAUGAGGUUGUUUGUCGCACACAAGGUUGAGGGAUAGAGACCGUGGCCAAGUAGCGGACAGCUAAGCAACUUUUCAGUAUGGUACUCAGACUUGUUCUAAUGCUCUGAUUGAUCUUACUCCCUCCAUAAGUACAAGGGCAGUACACCCAGCGACUGCGGUCACUGGAGGACC